AUGGCAGACCUCACUCCCGUCUUCAACGAGCUGCUGGCCAAGCACAGCGCUCCAUCCACCCGCAAAAAGUUUAGCCUAGAGGACAUUGACGGCUUCCUCAAGGAGGCCUACAGAAUCGUCAGUCAGCCCCUCCCCGUCCUUGCCAUUUCCCGACCAUGA